GCGGGCAGCGCGCGGCUCCCGGGACCUCACCGGCACCGGACCGGCACCGGGACCCGACGGCGGCAGGGCCGCACCGGGCCGGGCCGGCUCCGUUGCAGCGCCAGGAACCCGCGGCCGUCCCGGCAGACACUUACCGAGGAGAAGGCGCCGGUGUCCAGCCUCUCCUUGAGCCGAGGAAGCAAAAAUGGGCCGGAAAAAAAUCCAGAUCAGCCGAAUACUGGAUCAGCGGAACCGGCAGGUGACCUUCACCAAGCGGAAAUUCGGGCUGAUGAAGAAGGCGUAUGAGCUGAGCGUGCUGUGCGACUGCGAGAUCGCCCUCAUCAUCUUCAACAGCACCAACCGCCUCUUCCAGUACGCCAGCACCGACAUGGACAAGGUGCUGCUCAAGUACACGGAGUACAGCGAGCCCCACGAGAGCCGCACCAACUCCGACAUCCUCGAGACGCUGAAGCGCAAAGGGUUGGGGCUGGAGAGCCACGAGCUGGAGCUGGAAGAGGGGCUGGAUCCCGGCGAGAAGCUGCGGCAGCUGAACGAGGGCAUGGACCUGACGGUGGCACGGCCCCGCUUUUACAGCCCGGUGCCGCUGCCCGAGGUGCCCUACGGCAGCUCCCCGCCGAGCGGCAGUGAUGGAGCCCUGGGCAGCGCCAGCAGCUCCCCACAGAGCCAGGGCCGCCCGCCCGCCUUCAAACCCACAGCGCCGAAGCCGUCGGGACGCUCACCGGGACCGAUGCCCCCAGGUAUCGGCUACCCCCUGUUCCCCGCUGGCAGCCUGAACCGAGCCCUGGCUACCAAGACCCCACCUCCGCUGUACCUGGGAGCCGAUGGGCAGCGCCGGAGCAGCGGCAGCACAGCACGGCCGCUGUACUCCAGUCUGCAGACCCUGAGCCCAGUGCUCGCCUCGGGCAGUGCUGGCAUCCCCAGCCACAGCCUCACUGGUUUCCCCUUCCUCUCUCCGGCACAAGCGGCAGAGUUCGGGGCUGGCGAGGCCCCACCACCCCCCGGCUUCCUGCAGCCUGGCCCUCCAGCUCCCUGGCAGCCACCACGGGAUAUGGCAGCAAUGGGGGCCAGCAGCAGGAUCAUCCCCACUGAGGACCUGGCCCCCGGCAGCUCCCCGCAGCCCCAUGCCAUCAGCAUCAAGUCGGAGCGGGUGUCCCCGGGGCUUGGCUGCCCCUCAGGUGCCCCACAGCCCACCCCGGGCAGCCUGACCCCCCUGAGCGAAGCCCCCCGAGGUGCCACAGACCUCCAGCCGCGGGAUGACUACGCCAAGGGCUACCCCUACCCCCUGCCCCCGCCCCGGCCACUGGCGGAGGAGCAGAGAGCCACUGCCACUGCCACCGUCCCUGUCCCUGCGCGGCGGGCGCAGGCUGAGGAUGCAUGGCAGAGAUAGCGAGGCUGCAGGGGUGCAGGGGAGGCAGCCCCCCCCGCUUUCACCCCAUCCUCAGACCCCCAGGAAGUCCCCAAGCUCUGGGGCUUCUCAAAGGGUCCCCGCCCCAUGCAGCUGCCAGCAGAGCCCCCUCCCCACCCCGGACACUGCCGCGUCCCCCUGCUGCUCUGCCCGCAGCCCCACGCUCCUGCAGGGCAUGGCGAGGCCAGGACCCCCCCCCCCCGGAGAGGUGCAAUGUCCAGUGCCGGACACUGUGCAGCUGUGUCCAUCCGUCUGUCCCCGUGUGUCCCCACCGAGUGGGAGUGCCUGGGAAGUGCCACGGGGUGGCAGCAGGACUGAGAGCAGCAGCAGCACCGAUGGCAGCGGGCCCCAUCCUGCAACGACCCGGGCGGGAGGAGCAGCCGGGGCAGCGGCCCUAGGACUCUUUUUUUUUUUUAUUUAUUGCAUUCGCACCAAUAAAGAGCUGGGGGUGUCGGGG